UUUCUUUUAAGAACAACACUCGCAAAGCUCUUCACAAUUAUAAUGCUUCGAUUCAAUCUCCGUCGUCAAAUCUCCAAUUUUACCGGAACCUAUCGCCGGAAUGUACACAGCGGUCUCGAAGAUGCCGGUCCGAUGGCAUCCAGGCUCAAAUCCCGCUCCGUGGUCCGGUUUAGCGGACCGGAUACAAUAAAGUUUCUCCAGGGACUGUUGACCAACGAUGUACGGAGGUUCGGCGAAUCUUCCGGCGAGAGAACCUCGACGAUUCCUACUCCGAACAUGCCUUCCGUCUCCACGCCGCCUAUGUACGCGGCGCUGUUAACUCCUCAGGGGAGGUUUCUAUACGAUUUCUUCUUGUAUAGACCGACGCGACCCGAUGAAAAACUCGAUCGGACAGGCUCCGGACCCGGGUCGGAUCCGGGUUGUGAUGGGUCGGUAGAGUUGUUUGCGGAUGUUGAUGUCGCUGUCCUCGAUGAACUGCUGGAAACACUCAAAAAAUAUCGUUUGAGGUCCAAAGUGGAUAUUGAGAACGUUGCAGAGGAGUUCUCGUGUUGGCAGCGUUAUGGUAGGAAUCUAUCUGGAUCUUCGUCUGUGGGUUGGGGAGGUGGUGUUGAUCGUGCUGGUGAAUCUACAGCUAGUGGUAAUAAGUACGGAUGGCAAUGGUACGAGGAUCCUAGAUUGGACUGUCUCGGUUACAGAAGCAUUUUUCCUUCUGAUUCAACUCCGCCAUUAGUUGAGGCAGAUAAAGAAACAGAUGAAAGCAAUUACCUUUUGUGGAGAUUAGAGCAUGGAGUUACUGAAGGGUCAGCUGAAACCCCUAAAGGUGAAGCAAUUCCUCUUGAAUAUAAUUUUGUUGGUCUUAAUGCGAUAAGCUUUGACAAAGGCUGCUAUGUUGGUCAAGAGCUUAUAGCUCGUACGCACCACCGUGGUGUCAUCCGCAAACGCCUAGUCCCGUUACGGUUCAUUGAUAGCGAUGGAAAAGAGGUAAACCAGGAGAUUGCAGCUGGAGCUGAAGUGGUUGAAUCAGGAACCGGCAAAAAAAUAGGGGCAGUUUCAACAGCUUUGGGUAGCCGAGGAAUGGGAGUGAUGAGAGUAGAGGAAGCCUUUAAAGGCUCCACUGAAUUGACGGUAAAUGGGUCAGAGGACGUGAAGGUCGAGGCAAUUAAACCGACGUGGUGGCCAGUUGAGUGGUUUCAGCAGGAUCUGUCAGGGGUUGCCUCUGCGUAGUAGCUACUACAUACUUUACUGGCGAGAGAAGCUGUCUUUAUUUGUUAAGUGGGAGGCAUCAAGCAAGUUUUGUACCUUUGUGUUGUAUUCUACUGUUUAACACAUAGUAAAGGUUGAAACUUUCCGGGCAAGUUUUAUAGUAACUGCUACUAGUUUUGAUGCACAUUCUUGUCAAAUUUUUCAAGUUGAGAGUCAAAAAAAGAUGUGGAUCUUCCAAUUA